CAUAACUCUCUACCAGUUGGACAACAACAUCUUAAAGGAAUAUAAACUACAAUCAGCCUUACGCAGUAACUUGACUAGUGGCGCUCGUGCUGUUUUGAGUCCUUACCUUUGUGUGCGCGCGCUCGUUGAGUUUCUCUCCAAACAGGUUUGACCGGGACACACCUGUAGGAAGAAAAGGAAGCUUUGUGUGCCUCCACUCCAUUCUGUACUCCAUCUUUGACCCCUGUAGACGACGGACGGAUAGGAAACCAGCAAAGGAGGAACCUUUUUAUUCAUUCGGUUUUAGAUUUUUAUUAAUUUUCAUAAUGAAGAUUUGGAUUGCUCUCAUGCUCGCCGCCCUCGCGGUGGGAGCUUCAGCACAAAGCUGUUCAUGUCAGACUCUGAAGUGGGCCACCUGUGAUGGAAAUCCAUGUGAGUGUUCCGUCCUGGUUGAUAACAACAUGAAACAAAAGCUGGACUGCACCACAUUGAUCCCUAAGUGCUUCCUGAUGAAGGCUGAGAUGUACAGAGCAAAGAAGGGUUUGAGCACCCGUACAAUAGGAGGAAAGCCAGUGGAGACCGCAUUUGUGGACAACGAUGGCAUCUAUGACCCAGACUGUGAGAACGACGGCAAAUUCAAGGCCAAGCAGUGCAACAACACUGAGGAAUGCUGGUGCGUCAACAGUGCUGGUGCUCGUCGUACUGACAAGGGAGACAAAAACCUCAAAUGUGAGAAGCUUGUGGAGACAUACUGGGUCCGUCUUCAGCUGAAACACAAAGAAGUGAAAGGUCCAGUGGAUGCCAGCAAACUGAAGACUGCCAUUGCAGAUGCCAUUCAGAGUCGUUACAACUUCAGCAAGAACUUAGUGGAAGAAAUCCAGUAUGACCCUGAGGCCCGCCUUAUUGUGGUGGAUGUGAAGAAGGCAGUAGGGGAUCGCAAGGCUGACCUGUCCCAAAUGGCCUACUACAUGGAGAAAGAUGUGAAGGUGCUGCCUCUGUUCAAGGACCAGGUGAAGUUUGAGCCCAUGGUGGGCACCCAGAAGCUGGAGAUGGAGAACAUCUUGGUGUACUAUGUGGACGAAGAGCCCCCGACAUUCACCAUGAAGCAUCUGUCGGGUGGUAUCAUCGCCGUUAUCGUGGUGGUGGUGCUGGCUGUGGUUGCUGGCCUGCUGGUCCUGUUCUUUACCAGAAGGAGACAGCAGAAGUACAACAAAGCUCAGCAAAGAGAGAUGGAGCCCAUGUAAAGUUUUCACCGCAGUGGGACUGUAUGAAGAGACAGCUUGUACAUCAGCUUUGGAAGAACUUACUUGCAGUGGAAGUGUGCCAUUUUCACCAUUUUACUUGAGGAAUACAGAUCGUAAAGGAACAAUCAGCCUUUUUUGUUGUUGUUGUUGUUGUCAUUGGCACUACUGGUACCGCCAUUUAUUUAUAAGUUGUGUAAAGUUUUAAGCAUCAUCCAAUCUAUAUGCCAUAAAGAACUGUGCUUUUUAAAGUAUGCCUGGCACAUGCCACAUUUUUACGUUAGAAAUUGUUUAAUGGUUUAAAUUCCACAUCAUAGAUUGUACAGUUUCUUUCUUACUUACUUAUGUAUGUUUUGUUGGAUUGUUUUUAAUAAAAAAAAAAAAAAAGUUUUAAAAUGCU